GCCGGGGCCGGGGGGCAGGAUGGGUCUCCUCGGCGGGGACCGGCAGCCUGCCUCUGCUGCCACCACCGCUGGUGGGGAGCUGGCUCUGCCCCGGCAGCCCGGGGGGAUGCUCGGCGGGGCACCCAGCGAUUCGGACGAGGCGGACGGCGAGGUGCGAGCGCUGACGGCCAGGGCUUUCCGCAGCCUAUCGGGUCUCCCUGCUGCUCAUCUCGACAUGUGCAGCUCCCACACCUCUUCCAGCCUCUCCAACUCGCUGUCGGAGGACGGUGGGCGGCCGCGGCGGUGGCCGGUGGCCAGCAGCGAGCCGCGGGGCACAGUAGCAGCCCUUCACGGCAGGAUGGGCUGGCCCUUCCCCGCUGGCGUGGACGGGGAGCUGCUGGGCUUGCUGGGGAAGGAGCAGUUCGAGUGCGUGGACGUGGAGCUGGAGAGCGGAGAGGCCAGGAAGGGCCACUGCAAGAAGAGGACUGUCCCCAAGCGCCAGAUCCUGCUGAAGAGGAAGGAGAGGAAGGAGACAGGUUUUGGCCCCUGGGGAGAUGGUCCAGCCCCCCAGCCCCUGCCCCCCGCCCGGAAGGAGCCCUUCGGCAAGGGCAGGGCCGUCGGGGAGGACUUCAGGCUCAACUACAAGCAGUUCAUGAAGACAGCCUCCCUGGACACUGAUGCCAGCAAGACCAGAGCGGCUUCUUGCCUGGUGAAAAACGUCCUUGCCAAGAAAAUGCAGUACGAGCAGAGGAUCAAGAUGGAGCAGAAGGGGCUGUGGGGCAGCUCGACCUCCUCGGGGCCAUCCUCUGCUGGCACCGACCUGCUGGGGGACGGCCUGGAGGGCAAGUCCAGCUCACUCUCCCGCUCGGACUGCAGCUUCUCAGCCGAGGACCUGCGGAGCGGUGGGGUGCCAGUGGCUGCGAUGGCCACGGUGGCCAUGGGGGACGCCACCACCACCCAUCCCACCAAGGGGGUGGUGCUGAGCGAGGCAACGAGAGAGAGUGUCUGCAAGCUGAAGAAGACCUUCAAUGAACUCAAUGAGAGGAUGAAGUAUCGGGAAGUGCUGGAGGGCCACCAGCUGCCCAGCACCACUGAGGAGCCAGCAUCGGGGAGGAUCCGCUACCGGCAAGCACGUGCCUUGUUCGAAGCCCGUCCUGGGGUCGGGAAGGUGUUGGAUGUCGCCCGCAAAUUUGAGAGAGUGCCGAAGCCAUGGCCCAGCUUGAAGCAGCGAGCCAUCUGCCCCAGCCACCCAAAACCCCUCCCCUUCGAAGCCGACAGCCAAGCACUCCCCACCGGGCCACCACGCCGCCUCGUCACCUCCUGGGCGCAGGAGGUAAGUCUGGUGCCACAGAGCCGGCAGGAAGAGAAGCCACCGGCAGUGCCUCGCCGGCCGCCCAGCCCUGGCACCUCGGCCCGGGGGGCCCCGCCGGCCAUCCCCCCCAAGCCAGAAGAGAAGGGGAAGGGGCGCAUCCCGCAGCCCCGGGAUGUGCGCAAGCUGGUGAAGAGCAGCUACAGCCUCUGCUUUGGGACUGCUGGUGCAUCCCGUGGCACCACAGCACCAGCGAGCGGCGGAGAGCCACCGACGGCCACCCCGCUUGUCAUCCACUGCACCUCGGUCUGCCGCCGGGAGCCAGCGACGGAGCCGGGGGAUGAGGAGGUGCUGGCAGCCUCCAGCCAAGAGCCAGCCCCAGCGUGUGCUGAAGGCCCCGCAAAGCCCACCAGCAGCCGGCCCUCGCCCACCCAGGGCUCCCCUGUCAACAUCACAAGGGUUCAGGCCACGCGGAGGGGUGAGGCUGCCACAGAGGGGCCACCGGCAUCUCCCCCACGCUGGGAGCGGAGCGAGCUCAGGGUGCCACCGUGGGUGCCGGUGGCCGAGGGGGUGCCGCACGUGGAGACCCAUCUCCAUGUCCUGGUGGGCCGACAAUCCCCAGCAGCGCCCCGGGAGGGUUCCCCGGCUCAGAGCAGUGCGGUGCUGCGGACAGAGAAGACUGUUCUCCUCCCACGACGGUCACUGAGUCCCACGGAGGGAAAGGAGAAGGAGGGACGUGGCCAUGGUGUCACCAGAGGGCUCCACACUGCUGAGGGGCCCGAGCCAGUGGCGCAGCAGCGUGGAAGCUGCGACAGUGGGGACCCCCGAGCUGGAGCCCCGGCUGGCGGCAGCACACACCCACAGCCUGUGAAACCGGCAGCAAGAAGCGUGCCAGAGCCAGGCACAAGUGAGCAGAGGCAGAAGCAGCCAGGCAGCUGGCUGGUGUCAGCGGGGAGUGGCGGCUCUGCUGACAGCGCCGGCCCUGCUGCCCUGUUUGAAGCCAGGGAGGGCAGUGAAGGACCCUCUGGCCGCCUGCCGGAGCAGAGGGAGGCCUGGGAGCAUUUACUGAAGCGGCCAGCAGGCACCGAGCCGAACCCUCCUGCUGCCCCAGCGGAGAACUUCAACUACUUAGCAAUUCCUGUGAAAGCCCCCAAGUCCUCCCCAAUGCCAAAGCUGCCCUCAGUCCCCAACCCAGCCAGCAUGUCCUUUGGGAGCUCUGCAGUCCCCAGCCCGGCCAUUGCGUCCUUUGGGACCCCUUUGGUCCCCAACCCAACCAGCACAUCCUUUGGGACCCCUUUGGUUCCCAAGCCAUCCAGCACAGCCUUUGGGUCCCCCACAGUCCCCAGUAUGUCCAACUCAUCCUUCGGCUUCCCCUCAGUCUCCAGCCUGGCCAACACAUCAUUUGGGACUCCCUUGGUCUCCAACGCCAACAAGUCUUUUGGGACCCCCUUGAUCCCCUACCCAGCCAGUGCGUCCUUUGGGACCCCCUUCAUCCCUAACCUGUGUGGCACGUCCUUUGGGACCCCCUUAGUCCCCAAUCCAUCCAGCACAUCCUUUGGGACUCCUUUGGUCCCUAACUCAGCCAACGCAUCCCUUGGGACCCCCUUGGUCCCUAAUCCAUCUCUUGUAUCCUUUGGGACCCCUUUGGUCCCCAAUCCAUCCAGUGCAUGCUUUGGGAUCCCCUCAGACCCUAAUCUGCCUAACUCAUCACUGGGGAUCCCCUUGGUCCCCAACCCAGCCAGCUCAUCCUUUGGGUCCCCCUUGGUCACCAACCCAGUUCCCUCUUCCCUUGGGUACCCAUUAGUCUCCAACGUGGUCAGCUCAUCCUUUGGAUCCCCUUUGGCCCCCAACCUGGCCAGUGCUCCACUGGGGACCGGCGUGUGUCCCAUGCCUGGUGGGGAAGCACUGUGGAGCAAACCCAUUCCUGAGCCCCCCCUACCCCAGCCCUCCACGGGCCCAGCCGCUGUGGAGCACACAGUACCACUGCCCCCAGCUCAGCCCCAGCCUCACCUUGAGGAUGCUCCCCAUUUCCUCAGGAGGACUGAAGGCACCUCACAGAGCAGUAAGAGCACGCCAAGCCCCACCAAGCCCUCCGCCCCCCACCUGCCUGCGCACCGGAAGAUGCUCGUUGAUCCCGACAGUGGGAAAUGCUACUACAUGGAGCCACCACGGCAACCCCAGCUGAAAACACUCUAUGACCCCGAGACCGGGCAGUACCUGGAGGUGCUCAUCCCACCAGUGGCAUCACACACCAGGCUCUACCAGGCUCCUUUCAACCCCCUGGUCAUGGCCCCGGGGGUCUAUGGCCCACCCUACAUGCCCUACAGCAGCUUUCCCGGUCUCUCAGCACACCCGCCACCCUCCGCCCCCUCUCCUGUGCACCCUGACCUGCCGGCUGCUGAAAACCCCAGCUCCUCUGGGACCUUCAGCUCUGUCUCCAAGGGAGAGGGGCCACCUGCUGCUGGGAGUCCUGAUGGCGGGUACCUGGAGAGCCUGUACUACAUCCCCACGGGGAUGCAGGCCAGCUCUGGCCCCAGCCCUGCCCAGGCCCCUGCCCGUGCCAGCCCUGCCGGGCCCGAGAAGGAACCGCUGCUCCGAUUGUGACAGUCCUCGGCCAGGGAUGGACCCGUGUGGCAUCUCCCUUUAACUCCAAAGUCAGCAUCACCCCCGACAC